AUGCCACUAUCCGCGCUAAAACCGUCCGCCAACCGAAGCACAAAUCCGUCGCAAAAUGCUGCCCGUGUUGCAUUUACGAGCGGCUACGAAGGGGGGACUAUUGGAGGAGGUGUGGGUGUAGACACGGCCGCGCGAAGAGUCUUAACGGAGGCGCCUGUAGCGAAUCUGACGCCGAGAGUCUUAACGGAGGCGUCUGUAGCGAGUCUGACCCCGGCAAACGAGAUCCUGCAAGUGUGCCGAACCGCAGGCCCCGCCACCAUCGCCAUUGCUCCCGAUCUCAAUGGACAGACGUGGCGAGGCUGGGGCACGUCGCUUGCAUGGUUUGCCAACUAUAUCGGCAAGCUCCCACCGGACCAGCUGAACCAAAUCCUUGACCUAAUCUUUGAUCCAUCCUCCGGGAUGGGGCUCAACCUCGCGCGCUACCUGAUCGGCGGCAGCUACAAUCUCACCAACAGCCCCCGAUUCGACACUGCGGACUGGGAAUCCCGGGCAAUUCCGGGUUAUAGACCUUCGAGAACCGGGCCGUAUGAUUGGACGAGAGACUGGCGGCAGCGGAAGGUUCUGGAAGGGGCUAUAGCGAGGGGAGUGGAUGAGGUGGAUGCGAUUGCGUACUCUCCCCCUUGGUGGAUGACUAUAACGGGGGAUACCUCUGGGAAUGCGGAAGACGAGACAAAUCUUCGGCCGGACGCGUACGGAGCUUACGCGGAUUAUAUGGCUGAUGUGGUCGGCAGGUUUCGGAGCCAUUGGAACGUUACAUUCUCGACGAUGAAUCCGGCGAAUGAGCCGCUGGAAGGGUGGUGGGUGAAAGGGGGGCGGCAGGAAGGGUGUAACUUUAAACCGGACCAGCUUGAGAAGCUGGUGUGGGCUGUGUCAGCGGCUCUUAAAAGGCGGAAUCUGCGGACGGCUGUGGCGGGUUUUGACAGUUUUGUCGGGGCUACAGUAAGGUUUCGACACAAGUUUACCGCGAGGGUAAAAUCCAUCUUGAAACGGAUUAAUGUGCAUCAGUACGUCCCUCCACCCUCCAAUACAUCCGAUGCUCGGCAGUAUGUCGAAGGACUAUAUGUGAGUAUGGCGAGGAUGGCGAUUGGUUUAGGGAAGGAGGUUUGGGUGUCGGAGGUGGGUCCGAUGUGGGUGGGAGGAGGUCAAAUUGACGUGGCGUUAGCAUCUUCGUUGCUGCAGCAGAAUUCAUUGCAGCGAAUAACUUUCGCAACUCGCCGUCACGCGCUUCGUUCUACAGUUUCCGUCAUUAACCGACAACCUUUCUCUCCCUCCUCUAGCGUUAAUUCGGCAAGCAGGGUGGUUCGGGCUGCGAGUGCUACUGACGCGGAUGGAGGGGAAACUAUCGAAGCAGCAGCGCGUGACGUGGCGGGUGAUCCUGCCGCCGUGGCAGCUCAGAUGGCAUUGAGCGUCUCGGAAGAGGCGCUUCCAGACGGUGACGUGGACGAGGCGCGCGCCGCAGCCGCCGCUGCGCUUCUCGAGAGCGAGCUCCUCCAAAAAUCGCCGGAAAACGCGGCGGGUGAUGCGGCUGGGGAGUCGGGGAAGGGAGGAGCGGAAGAGAGCAGUAUCGGAGCAGCAAGCGCUGCGUCUGCAGCUGUCGCUGAGCCGCUGGAGAGCGUGACAGUAACGAAGGGGACAAAAAGCGGAAUAACAGUCAAGGGAAAAAAAGUGAGAGUAGGGGGAAGAGCAGGAGGGGGAGAAAAGGCUUGGAGCGGAUCAGAGGGGGAAGGCGACGGCAGCGGGAGCGAGAGUGACAGUGGCAGUGGUAGCGAUAGUGGAGGAGAGGAGGUGUUUCAUGUGGUGUGGUCGUCCAGGGACAGCAAAAUAGACUAUCUUGGAGAGAGCACUAAGGGGGAUAUGGUGCUUCCGGAUCUGCCUGUCGACCUCGAGAACGAGGGGCGGCGCGCCUUUGACCUGGAAUUACAAGCAGACGAGGGGCCGAUAGAGGAGCUCGCCAAGGCAGAGGCUGACGAGGCGGAGAUGCUGCUGGAGCAGCUGGGCGUGCCUCCCCAGUUCCCCCAUGGGCUGGCAUCGCGCGGCAUCUUCUGCAGCCGCACCCUCAAUCUGCGAUCGAUCACGACCAUCGGAUAUGACAUGGACUACACUCUGAUUCACUAUAACGUCAACGCCUGGGAGGGCCGAGCCUACGACUACGCUAUGGAGAACCUCCGAGCCAAGGGGUACCCGACCGAGGGGCUCAGGUUCGACCCGGACCUGGUGAUCCGAGGGUUGGUGAUGGACAAGGCGAGUGGCAACCUGGUGAAGUGCGACCGGUUCGGGUUCGUCAAGCGAGCCAUGCACGGCACAGAAAUGCUCUCCAAUAAGGCCAUCAGCAAGCUGUAUGGCAGGGAAUUAGUGGAUCUAAGAAACGAAGGCAGGUGGGAGUUUCUGAACACGCUCUUCAGUGUGAGCGAGGCGGUGGUCUACAUGCAGAUGGUUGACCGCCUUGACCAGGGGCUAUUGCCUGCCGAGGUGGCUCCUGGGGAUUACAAGACUCUUUAUAAGGUCGUGGCAAGAGCUCUCUUCCGAGCCCACGUGGAGGGGCAGCUCAAGGCCGAAAUCAUCAACUCGCCGGAGAAGUUUGUAGAGCUGGACCCGGAACUUCCCUUGGCUCUCUUGGACCAGAAGCUGGCAGGGAAGCGGCUGCUGCUGAUCACCAACUCGGACUAUCAGUACACGCACCGCAUGAUGACACACGCGUUUGACCGGUUUCUACCAGAGGAGAUGACGUGGCGGUCUCUCUUUGACAUGGUGAUCGUCUCGGCUCGUAAGCCCGAGUUCUUCUCAAUGGCUCACCCGCUGUACGAGAUCGUGACACCUGAUGGGCUCAUGCGGCCGUGCUUCAAGGCCAAUCCCGGAGGCCUGUACUGUGGUGGCAGUGCUCAGAUGGUUGAGAAAGCCCUGGGAUUCGCGGGGGACGAAACAUUAUAUGUGGGCGAUCACAUCUACACAGACGUGUCGCAGUCCAAGCUGCACCUGCGCUGGCGCACGUGCCUUGUCUGUCGGGAGCUGGAACAAGAGGUUCAGGCUCUGAUUCAAGGGCAUGACACGAGGCUGAGGCUGAUAGACCUGAUGGCUCAGAAGGACAGAGUGGGAGACUGCUUCAACCAGCUGAGGCUCGCCCUGCAGAGGCGCACGCAGGGGCAGGCGGCGCAGACAGCAGCGGUGGGGGAGAUGGAGGAUGGGGAGCUGGUGAGGAGCAUGCAGCGGCUGCUGUGGAUCAUGGCAAGGCUUGAUGGGGAGAUUGCUCCCUUGCUGGAGACGGACGGGGCUGCUUUCAAUGACAGAUGGGGAUACCUCUCUCGAGCUGGACUUUGGGAUAAGAGCCACAUUACCCGGCAAAUAGAGAAAUAUGCUGACAUCUACACCUCAAGAGUUUCCAACUUCUUGCGCUACACCCCGUUCAUGUACUUCCGAGCACAAGGGCAGUCUUGUGCACAUGAUGUUUCAGACACAUGGCCUAUGACCAGUUUGCAGCCGUUCUCAUCUUCCGAAGAUGAUUUGCAAUAA